AUGGCUGUCACGCUGCAGGAGUGCCUGGAGCUCCAGCUGCUGGAAGUGGAAAUGCUCCUUUCGAUGUUUCCCAAAAAAGGUGAAAUACAUCUGGAUGAGGACGCUGUGCCCCGUGUGCAGCGCUACCUGAGAAACGCUGGUGGAGCUCUGCCCCCGCAGCUCGAAUAUUCAAUUGCUAUUGAUGUAGGGGAGGCAAAGGUAAAAGUGGAAUUGCAGGUACUGCUGCCCCAUAUGUAUCCUCACGUAGCUCCUCAGCUUUUUGCAAGAUCCAGUGCACUGCACAGAGAGCAGCAGUUGCAGCUCAACACUUGUCUCGCUUCUCACAUGAGCUCUUUAGAUUCAGGUGAACUGUGCGUAUAUGAAGCUGUGCAGUGGGUGAAAGAAAACAGCCUGCCUUACUUGGAAAACAGUAAGAUCUCUUCUGAAAGUGCUUCAAAAGAAGUCGUGGUUAAAGAAACAUUGCAUCGCAUGUGGAUCUACAGCCAUCAUAUAUAUAGGCAGGAAUUGAGGAAGAAGAUUUUUGACUGUGCAAAGAAGUUAAAUCUGACUGGCUUCUGCCUCACGGGGAAACCUGGUGUGAUCUGUGUGGAGGGACUCCGAGAAAACUGUGACGAGUUUUGGCGUGCUAUUAGGUAUCCCAACUGGAAGCAUAUUUCAUGCAAGCAUGUGGAGAAUGUAGAAACGGAGGGAAGCGUCGAUAAUCUUCGUCUCUUUCGUGUUUUUGAAGACCUACAGUUUCAGGCACAUGGUGAUUAUGGCCUGAGGAAUGACUAUCACAUGGAUCUUGGCCAGUUCCUAGAAUUCCUGAAACAACAUCAAAGUGGACAUGUUUUUCAGAUUUUAUUUGGUGUCGAAGGCAAACUUUCAGACAAAUAA